CGCAGAAUGGCGGAGCCAGUUGGUAUCAUCGCUUCUGCAAUUACCGUCGCCAGUACCGCUGCGCAGCUGUCACUCGCCCUCUUCAAAGUUGCGCAAACGUUCAAGCAUGCCCCAGAGGAGAUAUCGGAGAUCGCUCUCGAAAUCUCAUCCCUCUCCAACAGUUUUAAUACUCUUGUCGACGCUCUGCAGACUUGCCAGCAUCUAUGUACACCAACCUUGUUUCAAGAACUGGAGUCGGUUCUGGAGCGGUUCAGAAAGAUCGAGGUUCAGCUUACGGACUUGACUAGCGACCGGGGUCACAGAACAUUAAAACGCUUGAAAUGGUUCUUUGAUGCACCAAAAGCGAAAAGCUUACUGAAGAAGGUGGAAAGCGUGAAAAGCGCAUUGACACUUAUGCUGUCAAUCAUGAGAGUAACCGCUGAGCAGGUGCAAAUUCAACACAUACCCACCGAUGAUCCGAAAUCAGAGGACUUGACUCUUCCACAGCCUUCUCGACCAAACAGGUUUCGUAAAGUCUUGGAAACAGUUAUCGAGGCAAACAGAUUGACGGUAGAUAGAGCACAGAGAGAGGAGGAGGAUCAGCCACUAAACUUCAAGAAGCGCCACUUCAAUACGCAGCUAAGACGCUACGAAGCAGACUCGGAAGACACCGCGACGUGGUUGUACCAUUUGGUGUUUAUGCCCCAACCACCACCGAAACCCUUCGUGCGUGCCAAAAGCCUGGAACAUCUCAAUCCAACUGUUGAAUCUGACAACGAAUCCGAUGAUGGGAAUGCCUCUAUCAAAGCGGUUCACGGAGCCAGAGCUCAUAAUCGAUCCCCCGUUCCCGCAGAAAAUCAGAAUGAGAAUGGAAACGUUGUCAUCGUGUGGAACAAAAACACGGAAACAAGCCUGGUGGCCGAUAGGCUGUUGCGCGCUUGGACCAUACUCGACGCGGCACAGAUUGAGGGAAGCAGAGCUUUCUUUAAGCUUAAUUUGGAAGAACAAUGGAAAGAUGGUCUUAUGCAGCGUAUCAAAGAAUACUCUGAUUUGAGUAGCCAUUCGACUUCCAAAGUGCAUACCGUCAAUGAAUCCGCUGCGACGAAAAACAGCGCAAGUCGAGAUCUGAAGGACUAUGAACUGAGUGAUUCGGAAAGCACGAGCUCAGAAGACGAAUAUUUGAGUGCGGAAGAGAGCACUGUCGCGCCAAAUUCCCCGCGAGUCCGGAGCUUUGACCCUAAACAAGAUGAUCCGUUGGGUUUUGAAUUCAUGGAUAGCUCCAGCGAUGAAGGGGAAGGCGGGAAGGGCAACGUACGCACGCGAACUCCCCCAUUGAAUCGAUCCAACGUCAACCAACGUCGUGCUCCAUUUACGGCACCCAAUAGACCCAGAGGGAGAUUUGCUGCCUAUAAUGAUCUGCCUCACGUACCUCCACCUCAUCUUCCACCUCAUACAACUCAAUACAACCCAUUCUACGGCCAACCUCCUGUCUAUGGAAACACAUCAAACACAGCUGAAUUCCGGGGCUUCGCUCCAGCUUCAGCUCCUUAUUAUGACUCUUUCGUUCCACCUGCUCAUACUCCAUUCUAUCCGCCACCCCCACCCACGGUCUAUCCACGACCACGUCCCUCGAACGCGCGUAAAACUUCCGGUCCGCCCAAGAAAUCCCCACCUCCCUCUCCUUCCACUCAUACAUCUAAAGCCACAGACGAGUCUUUACUUUCCAGAUUAGAAACACUGUUCAAGAAGAUUGAACACCAGCAAAAUACCGGGGCAGAAUCAAUUUCAGAUCAGACAAAUGCACAACUCGAAAGCAAGAUGGACCAGGUGUUGGAAGCGAGAAUCAAUCAACAGCUUCAAAGUUCGAAUGCUUCAGAAGAUCAGGGCAAGAUCGACCGCCUUGAACAACUUGUGCUCGAGUUUGGAGAACUACAGCGAAAGCGGCAUGAAGAUUCAGAGGCAGCCUGGAAAAUGGCAAAGGCCAAGUCUGAUGCCAUAGCUGCAGAGAACGCUUUGGAGGAAAGGAAACGUGCUGAAAAGGAGAUUGCAUCCGCAAAGGCAGCCAAAAAGGCCGCGGAAAAGGCAUUGGAGUUUGCAAGAGAGCAAGCUGCAGAUCGAGCGCGCAAAGAGACUGAGCUGAAAGUCGCUGAGCAGCACAGAAUCAAGGAGGAGGAAAAUAAUAAACGGAUUCAGCGAUAUGAGGAGCAACUGAGUAACUUCACUAGAAAGUUUGAGAAGUUCCUCGAACCACCGCAAGAUCCGAAACCAAAUCUUACGGGCAUGCCGCUAAGACGCACCGCGAUACAGGAAGGCGACCGUCGCAUUGAGAUAUCUGAAUACACUAAAGAACAUCUCGAACCUUUCAUAUCGCAUGGUUCGUCCAGGACAGUACUGGAAGAGGAAUUUCUCGAUGUUGCUUCUCGUAGCUCAAGGUACAGCAGCCGACCACCUGUCAGAGACAAUAAACUUCUGAGGGCCCCAAUGCCUCCAACGAGCAGGGAACCUUCUUACUAUCAGACCUUAGUUUCUGCACCCCCUCAAAGUCAGAUAUCGAGUUCAAGAUCGAUACGGCUGCCAGCCCAUCUUGCAUCGUCCUCAAAGAUUGCUGAGGUGCGGAACUCACUUGAUAAAAUUGGCAUAUCAUUGAAUGCCGACUCAAUGACCAAUAUGUCAAGAAGUAGCGGUGUGAUAGAAGAAUCAGAUGGUGCUUUAAUGAGAGUUGCAGAUCUAGAUUCGGCCGCCAUCCAAAGCUCGAUUUAUUGGGAACCUCCUUCUCUCCCGGUUGGGAGCGAGCUCCUGGGUACAUUGAAAUCUAAAGGCUGGAAACCACUCUAUGCUCGAGGGUCUGAUUGGGGACAGACCUACUUCCUCGGCCACGAUCCUAUCCACAUCAAUUUCUUCCGCCCCGAAUAUGAACCACAAUUCAAAGAGUCGGACAAAAACUCUUCUGAUGAGUGCGUUUUGAUUGCGAAAGAAUUGGUAGAAGAAUAUGCACUAUUAGAAGCAGGAUUUCAAUUCUCUUGUACCGAGGCAGGGGCUUAUGUUCUGGACUGCAGACUUACUACGCACGACAUCGAGGCGCUGAUCGAGCGCUCUUUCAUGCUCAGAGAAACAAACUUUCGCAGACAACAUCGCCAACUGCAAUGGUCUCCAGCUGGCAACGCGCCCGAGCCCACGAAACAGACAUACGCAUCGACCAUCGUCUCGGAAUCUACGAGCGCAGCAUCCGUAGAUGAGGAGUCUUGCGAAAGUCUGUCAGAUUUUGGGGAUGAUUGGCAAUCCUCGAGCGUUCAGACACCCGUCACGAAUCCCAGAAGAGAAAGCCAAGACACAGACUCCGGAUUUAGUUCUAUGAACAUAGAGUGGUACAGCACGCUGAAUAAUGAAAUCAGGGGCAGCGAUGCACCACAAAGCGCUUCAUCGACGAGGUACAAGGGGAAUGGUCCCCUGCGACUACGGUCGACUAGCACCACCAAGGCACACAUGGAUUAA